AUGCCAUCCUCAAUCUCAAAACGAUACAAAACGGAUUACUUCAAGAAUUCAAAUGUCAACUCUCCUUAUACAUCUCUCGACGAAGGUUUACCGCGACAUAGUGCGUGUCCUCGUUAUCACAAUGGAAAUAGCUACUAUGAUCGCCCUUUUUCAAACCAAUAUAUUAUAAUGUCUCAGGAACGACUAAUCAGACGAACGUUGACCCUAAUCAUAUUAUCCCUCUUGAUGGCAUUUGCGACCUAUAUAUGGUUUUCUCAACUUGAUCGAUCGCGUCUCAUUCCCUAUCAGAAUUCACCGGACAAAGAUUUACCUUCCUAUCCCAUAAUACCACCUGCUCGAUUCUCUCAUGAACAGAUACAUCUCUAUCGAAUACUCGGUAACGAUCUGCCACCGCGUCAUAAGCCUG